UCUGGUACAAUUGUUCAUCUAUCAACAUCAUCUCAAGGUACAGGAUCUGAAUGUUUUCCAUUAUUGGGUUUUGCUUCCAAUGGCAGUCUCAUUGCACAAGUUUUGACAAAGAACAAUACUAUUGUAGCAGUGACAGGUCCAAUUUUAUCAUUAUCAUCAUCAUGGACAGCCAUUGUUUUAACAUGGAGCGAGAUAAAUGGAUUGAAAUUAUAUGUGAAUAAUGCACUUGUUAGUUCUAUGACAGCUUCAACAUUUCUUGCAAGUGAAACAACAUCAAACUAUUUAACACUAGGCAAUUGUUUGAAUGGUUGUAGUGGAUGUUCUAAUGGAACAAUAAAUGCAGCAGGUCCAUUUACAGGUGGGAUUGAUGAUUGGCGAAUUUAUAGUCGUGAAUUAAGUUCAAAUGAUAUAUGUACCUUAUAUUCUAAUUAA